AUGCACUCAUCCUUCCUGUUCAUUUUUGGACUUUUGGGAGUGAUCCAAAAUGUCUCUAGUGUUCUGCGUGCUAUGAUCUCGGACUCGAACGAUACGGGGAACGGUCAAGAGACUUGGAUCUUCGAGAAGCUUGUCGAGCAACACAGUCUCAAACAUCAACACCAAUUUUGGCCACAGCUCAAGCAAAUAAAUAAAAAAAGUUCCAGUGCUUACGAUAUUGAAGAUAUUGACAUUGGUGCGAACUAG